UAACAAGUAGACCAAAUGGAGGGGCGGAGCAUUAGAAACUACAUUAACAGCAAGAAUAAAGCUCCAGCUCGUACCGUCCAUCAUUUAGAAAUAAGACCGAGGACUUCUUCAGAAGCUGCUGCAGAAUUACUACGUUCUCAGCCUUUCCGCGGUCUGCAGGGCGGGGUCGGGAGUGGGGGGUUGGGGGGAAUGGGACGGGGUGGAGCUGGGAGCUCGGGGGCACAGGCGGGGUGCAGUGCGCAGGCGCGCACCUGUGCUGCGCGAGGUCCUUGUGCGCCCCGCCCACCCAGCCAUCCCCUCCCUUUUCUCUCCACCUCCAGGCCCCGCCUCGUCGCCUCCCAGUCGCCCCGUGGCUCGGCAGGCAAGCUGCGUAUUGCUGCGUCAUCGCCAGUGGCCGGUUUGAAUGAGUCUUUCGUCGCACCGCGUCUGCCGCCACCGCCGCGCCUCCGCCUCGGCCGCCGCCACAGCUACUUCGCCUCCCUUUCCCUUGGCCGCCCUUGCCAGACCCAGCCUUCCCACGCCGCCGCCUCCCUACGCGCCUCGCCAUGCCACUCUACUCCGGUGAGCGCCCUCUUCGCCUCGCGCCCCGCACCUCCGCCACGGGUUACUGUGAAAUGGGGAAAGGAGAAAUUUGAAGGUGUGGAACUGAAUACUGAUGAACCUCCCAUGGUGUUCAAGGCUCAGCUUUUUGCAUUGACUGGAGUCCAGCCGGCCAGACAGAAAGUUAUGGUAAAAGGAGGAACUCUGAAGGAUGAUGAUUGGGGAAACAUCAAAAUAAAAAAUGGAAUGACUUUACUAAUGAUGGGGUCAGCAGAUGCGCUUCCUGAGGAACCCUCAGCUAAAACUGUCUUCGUAGAAGACAUGACAGAAGAACAGCUGGCAUCUGCUAUGGAAUUACCAUGUGGAUUGACAAACCUUGGUAACACUUGUUACAUGAAUGCUACAGUUCAGUGUAUUCGUUCUGUGCCUGAACUCAAAGAUGCCCUUAAAAGGUAUGCAGGUGCCUUAAGAGCUUCAGGGGAGAUGGCUUCAGCACAGUAUAUUACUGCAGCCCUUAGAGAUUUGUUUGAUUCCAUGGAUAAAACUUCUUCUAGUAUUCCACCUAUUAUCCUACUGCAGUUUUUGCACAUGGCUUUUCCACAGUUUGCAGAAAAGGGCGAACAAGGACAGUAUCUUCAACAGGAUGCUAACGAAUGUUGGAUACAAAUGAUGCGAGUAUUGCAACAGAAAUUGGAAGCCAUAGAGGAUGAUACUGUUAAAGAGACAGAUUCUUCAUCUGCAUCAGCAGUGACGCCUUCUAAAAAGAAAAGUUUAAUCGAUCAGUUCUUCGGAGUUGAGUUUGAAACCACCAUGAAAUGUACAGAAUCUGAAGAAGAAGAAGUCACUAAAGGAAAGGAAAAUCAGCUUCAGCUUAGCUGUUUUAUCAAUCAGGAAGUCAAGUAUCUUUUUACAGGACUUAAAUUGCGACUUCAGGAAGAAAUUACCAAACAGUCUCCAACAUUGCAAAGAAAUGCUUUGUACAUCAAAUCUUCCAAGAUUAGCCGGCUACCUGCUUACUUGACUAUUCAGAUGGUUCGAUUUUUUUAUAAAGAGAAGGAGUCUGUAAAUGCUAAAGUUCUUAAGGAUGUUAAAUUUCCUCUUAUGUUGGAUGUGUAUGAACUGUGUACACCAGAACUUCAAGAGAAAAUGGUUUCUUUUCGAUCAAAAUUCAAGGAUCUAGAAGAUAAAAAAGUAAAUCAGCAGCCAAAGGCAAGUGACAAAAAGAGUAGUCCCCAAAAAGAAGUUAAGUAUGAACCCUUUUCUUUUGCUGAUGACAUUGGCUCCAAUAAUUGUGGAUACUAUGACUUACAAGCAGUGCUAACACAUCAGGGAAGGUCUAGCUCUUCAGGCCAUUAUGUAUCGUGGGUGAAAAGGAAACAAGAUGAAUGGAUUAAGUUUGAUGAUGAUAAGGUCAGCAUCGUGACACCAGAGGAUAUCUUGCGGCUUUCUGGUGGUGGAGACUGGCAUAUAGCUUAUGUUCUACUGUAUGGCCCUCGCAGAGUUGAAAUAAUGGAAGAGGAAAGUGAAUAGUAAUCUUCAUUCUAGCUAUUUAUGCUUAGGUGUGAAAUAAAUGUUAUUUGUUGAUCAUUUCUAUAACCCAGAGCUUUAGAGAAAGAUAUUUAGGUGGUUUUAUGUGUUUCCCCUCAUGUAGAACAAAAGAGGGUAGAAGCAGACCACUCUGUGUAUCAACCUAAAAAAUUACAGAAAAGAGAAAAUUGCCUUUGGACUGUGCUGCCCUGGAUAAAGGUGGCAGGAAGACAUUUUUAAAAAGCUUAUUUCUUGGAUUAACUUUUAAAAAUCCUUGAGUUGAAAUGCCUUUCAGCUGUUACCUUCUGUGAUAAAUUCUCUGCCUUUUUCAGCCCAAAAGUCAACAAUCAGAUGUUUAUUGCACACCUAUUAACCCUAUUGUUUGUUGUUCUUGCAUGGUUCAGACCACCAGUGAUUGAGUAGCUGCCCAUCCUUUGCCUUAUCUAACAAAAAUGUGGCCAGGAAGGUGGAAAGGAAGUAAGUGUUGAUCUCGUUGUGUAACUCAGUGCUGCUGUCCCCAACCCAUGGAGACAUGGGUACAAUCAAGUAUUUGUCCAGCCUGACUGUUGCUGGCUUUUCAUGACUUUAAAAUAAAUUGUGAUCAAUAAUAGACAUUUGAUUAUACAUUUAUUACUGUGUCUCUGAUGUACUAUGGUUUGUACAUUUAACUUUGCAAUGGUUUUGUAGUAAUCAACCUUAAAAAAUGUUGACAAGCUCCGGUUGCUUAUUUUUAGAAAAUGAGGAUAUUUAAUAAUAAAAAAAAAAAAAAAAAAAAAAAAAGAGGGACUAAUAGCUUUUGACCUUAAGUAUUUUGUCUGUUGAGUGUUGGAGCUUGGCUGAAGUUCAGAUACAUUUAAUACCACUACAGUUUUCUGCAGAAGGCUAGUUUAACUCUGCCCUUAGGCAUUCAUUUAAAAAUACCAUCUUCUUUGCCUGCUAGCAUUAUAUUUCUGUUGAAAUAACAAAGUUUUGGAGUUCUUUGGGUACUGAAUGCAACCAUGUUAUCAGAUGUGUUUCUUGGCUCAGCUGGGCAUUUGUUUCUAUUCCCUGUCACCUUCCAAAUUCAUGUUUAUCUCAAACUUUAAUACUAAUGAUCUUUAAAGUGAUGGUGGAAUAUCAAUAGAUGGUAGGUUUCUUAUAUUUUAAUACAUUUAAUUUGCUUUUCUUUUAGGAGCUUGACUGAUUGCUAGAGAAAGGAUAGAAUAUUAGCUAACAUGUCUGAUCUUGGGUUAGGUAUUUAUAAUAAAGUUUUGGGGAUUAUCAUAAAAUCUCCUAUCUCUGCUUAUGCUGUUUUAAAAUGCUCUGCUAAUGGAUAACAGCACUGAUAACAGCUUCCUAGAGAAUAAUGGCCAUUUUCUCUCAAGUUUGAAUGAUGUGCUAUAAUCUGAGAACACUAGGGGAUAAAAUAAACAUUUCAGGGAAACUUAUUUGUAGUAAGUUACAACAUAACGCUUUGCUGUUUGGAGGACACUUUCACAUAUAUCUCAUUUGAACUUCAUAAAAAUCCCUGAGGUAUGUAACCCUAUUUUUCAGCUGAGCUUUAAUAAUUGGCAGUCAGUACUCCUGCCCUGGAGGGGGUGCAGAAUGGAAUAGGGAUGAUGAGACCCUAAGAAUUGUGGUGAUUCUUUUAUAUACUGGUAUGAUGCUUAUAAAUUUGCAAAAUCUUUUUAUUCACGGUGUUAGUUGGUGUGAACAAUUCUGAGGAUAUAAAUUUAGCAGUUAGAAUUCAAAUUUUCUGAUUUGGAGGAUGCUGUAGCUAUUAGAUCAGAUAGGUUUAGAACAAAGUAUAUAAGCUUUACAUGGAAUUAGCAUUUUAAAAUUGUAAUUCCUUAACUGUCACUAUAAAAAACUUGAUUUUAUUUGAUCCAAAAAAAGCAUUAUUCCAAAGAUUUCUUAAAGUAUAAGAAAUUGGACUUAAUAUUAGUCAUUUUAAACUCUUAAGGCUGUUUUAGAAUUCAGCCUUGAAUGUAAGAUCUUUGAAAACGGGAGAAUAAGAAAACAUCUUGAUUCCUGAGUGCACCUUUUAUGCUGUGCCACCAGCACCAAGGCCCUUUUUGAUACUGGGGCUGGAUGACUGUUGGACUAGCUAGUGAAGUGAAGCCCAAGUGAGAACAUUCACAGUGUAACAGAUAGACUCUUGUAGCCCUCCUUUUAGCAUUCAAAACAAGGACCUCCUAGAGACCCAAGGUUAACUUAAGUGGAAUGGGAAAGGUAGAUGAUACUGUCUUCAGCCAUUAUACUACAUAAUGCUUUGCUGUUUUGCUGGAGGACACUUUCACAUGUAUCUCAUUUGAACUUCCAUAAAAAUCCCUGAGGUAUGUAACCCUGUUUUAACGACUUGAGAGGUUAAAAUGAAUUCUGAAAGGCUAAAGAACUAGGUUUUAGACUUUGCCCUGUAUGUUUUAAAGCUGGGGGUUGGCCAGUAUUCUCUGCAGUGGGCUAGAUAGUAAAUCUUUUUUAACCUUUGCAGGCCAUCAGUCUUUGCUGCAGCUACUUAACUUUGCUGUUGUAGCAUGAAGGGAGCCACAGAUAGUAAGUACUUAAAAGAAUCAACAUGGCUGUGUGCCGUUAAAAUUUUACUUAUAAAAAUAGGUGGCAAAUGGACCAUUGUUUGUUGAGCCUCUGCUUUGUGGGAUUUUCAAGACAACAAGUUAAAUUUUCUAAUUACUAAUAGCAUGUGGGAAACUAAUUUGGCAUAGUGUAUCUUAGGAAACGCCAUGCCCCUAAAUAUUGCUUACUGACUUCAUUAAAAAUGUGUUUGACAAAAAUAUUAUGUGACCUUGAGGUCACUUUAUUUUGGCCAUUUCCCCAACUUCCCUCCCUUUCCCCCCAACCCUGAGGUCAGUCAUCAAGAGCCAGUAUGCAUUCUGUUGUUUUUGGAGCACCAGCCACUGUACAACAACUGUUAUAAAAAUGUUUAUUGUUUACCAAAACCAGUGGACCUCUUAUCAAAUGCUGCUUGGUAACAAAAUCUUAUCACAGUUUUAAUAAUAAAAAAAAGAAGCUAA